UUACCAGCUCACAACAUCUGGCAACACCAAACAAACAACAAUAACGAAGUAUAAACAAAUAGCAUUUUGUAUAUUCCUAAAUCAAACAUAAUGGCCGCCUCCUCCGCUGAGCAUAUACUGACUGCUGGAGCUUUGGAUAAAUACGGUGACGAAGAUUGGUUUAGCCUCCUGAUACGAUAUGGCCUCUAUGUGGGUGCCAUUUUCCAGUUUGUAUGCAUUUCGGCAGCUGUUCUGAUGGCCGGCGACGGUGAUGAAAAUUCAUGUAUGGAAAAUCACGAAUCUGACGGCAACCGGGGUGAGAUUGGAGAGCAACGUGAGGGAAAUGGCAAUGCAACGGCAAGGGCACGCCUACACAAAAUGCGCAAACUUGAAAAGAAAAAGAGACGCUAGAGACUCGAGCCAAUUCCAUAGAAAUUAAGUACUAAUUUAAUUAAUCUAGUAAUUUAUUCAUAUCUAUAACUAAAUCGAAUAAAACAUAAUUUAUUAUUUAAAUAAGUAUGUACAUGAA